AAGGAAUCAUUCUUUUAACUUUUAUCCUACCCUUUCUUUUUCACAGAAAAACAACAAAAACAUGGAAAUUAAAUUAAGGAAGGUGAAUAUAUAUAUGGAAAAAAAUACUAAAUAAUAAUUAUGCAAUAGGAAUUUUUGCUUUUUUUUCCCUCACAAAUAAAGCCAAAAUUUCACAUCAUAAUUAUCAUUAUCACCAUAAUUAUCAUGAUGAUACCUUCAUCAUUAUUAUAGCACAGCAGCCAAGAGAUAUUAUAUACACAAUGUUAUACGUAUAGGGUGGGCUGCUGCUGCUUUUAUGUUAGGGGAAAAGUCAGAAUAAUAAUAAUUAAUAUAUUACUUUUUUAAUAGGGUUUGGUAUAUAUGAGCUAUUAAAUUUCCUUUUCCUCUCUUUUUGUGGCUUUUUCUUGGUUAUGCCGUUUCAAUUCCAGGGUCCAAUAGACUUCAAUUCCAACAGAAUAGUAUUGUUUAGGACAUGGAGCAAGUCUGCUUUUUCUCAGAUCACUUCGAGUAUCAAGCUUUCUCAUUUCAAGAAGUCCUUGAUUGGCGGUGCCUCACCCGUGGAGAUUUCUUUGUUUCCUUUAUCAACAGCACAUAGUGAACAACUCCUCUUGAGUGAUCAGUACAGGAGGCCAUAUGCGAUUUCUACAUAAGCUAGGUGUUGGAUGUUUGCUGCAGUUCCACUAGUGAGCAGCACACCUUCUUAUGAUGUCAAUUGUGACUGUACUGUUAACUACGUCGUGCAAGUUUUUUAUUUCUAGCGCAUCACCAAUAAUACAGCCAUUCAGGACCCUUCAGAAACCAUCCCCCGAGGAUUAAAUUCUGCAGAUGUAUGUAUGAUGUUUCUGUACAUCAUUGAGAAUUAGUUAUCUUCUUAUACCCUUGCUUCGGGUUUGGUAGUUUCUAGAGACCUCUUCUUCACAAUUCGGUUGACUGAAGACUUGGUAUCAGACUAAAGUUUAUUGGAGGCAAGGAGCUAGUGUUUUUCAGAAAGAAGGUUCCAUGACUUGGAAUAUAAUUCAACCUGUUGAAUUGAGCAGUUUGAGUCUUAGUUAGCUUUGAAGUGGCAUCAGGAUGCAGUGCAGCACUUGCCUUUGCUUGCUUUCUCUCCUCUGUUAUAGUUUUGGAUUUUCUUAUGCUAUAUAUCUUACAAAUAAGGCUGUGAGGCCCAUCCUCCCAAUCAUUGCCGAUUCUGCCCUCAUCAUUUUAGCAGAAGCAAAUUAAGGGGAUUUUGCUGAAUCAGCCAUAGUUCCUUUUAGUAUAUUGUUUUCUUUUCCAGUCAUCCUGAGACAGAACAACUCCACUUUGUUUAUGUGCUUGUCGUCCCUCUACUCCAUUAAAUAAGAGCCCUACGUGCUAUUGAAGCUGCUAUGAUGGAAAGGUACCGGAUAAUUAAUGAAGUUGGUAACGGUACGUUUGGAAAUGUUUGGCGUGCACUUAAUAAACAGACUGGUGAAGUGGUUGCGAUUAAAAAGAUGAAGAAGAACUACUAUUCAUGGGAAGAAUGCAUAAACUUGAGAGAAGUCAAGUCUCUAAGAAAAUUGAACCAUCCGAAUAUUGUGAAGCUCAAGGAAGUGAUUAGGGAGAAUGACAUUUUGUACUUCGUGUUUGAAUACAUGGAGUGCAAUUUGUACCAGCUUAUGAAGGACAGAUCAAAGCUUUUUUCAGAAACUGAAGUAAGAAAUUGGUGCUUCCAAGUAUUUCAGGCUCUUGCUUACAUGCAUCGGCAAGGAUAUUUUCAUCGCGACCUUAAGCCAGAGAACCUGUUGGUUUCAAAAGAUAUAAUUAAAGUUGCUGAUUUUGGUCUUGCUCGGGAGAUCAACUCUCAGCCUCCAUAUACAGAAUAUGUAUCAACACGUUGGUAUCGUGCUCCUGAAAUUCUUCUACAGUCACACAUAUAUGGUCCUGCGGUCGAUAUGUGGGCAAUGGGUGCUAUAAUGGCCGAGUUGUUUAGUCUUCGUCCUCUGUUUCCAGGUUCAAGUGAGGCAGAUGAGAUCUACAAAAUAUGCAGUGUUAUAGGGACCCCAACCAAGAGGGACUGGGCUCAGGGACUUGCACUUGCUAGUGAUAUUAACUACCAAUUUCCACAGAUUGCUGGUGCAGAUCUCGCCUUGCUAGUUCCAUCUGCCAGUGGAAAUGCUAUUAGUCUUAUCAGGGCACUUUGUUCUUGGGAUCCUUGUAAGAGGCCGACAGCAGUCGAUGCUCUUCAGCAUCCUUUCUUUCAGAGCUGCUUUUACGUACCUCCAUCACUACGCACCAAGGCUGCUGUUGCUAAGACUCCUCCUUCUGCUGUCAUGAGGGGUGUAGUGGAGCCGAAGAACAAGUGGUCGUCUGGGUUGUUGCACAACCCCAAACCUAGCGGCAACUUCUCUACUGUAAAGUCACAGCUGCCGUUUAACGCAGGUGUACAAAGGAAGCUGGAUAUGAGUUAUCAGGAUCCAACGAGGAACGAUAAAUCCUUGCAAGGCUCUGCUAACCAACCACCAAAAUAUCGACCUCCUGGAAGGAAUGUUCCAAGCUUGGCAGUGGUUGGUUCUGGAGUGAAGAGUUUUGCCGUUUCUGAUGCAGCUGAGAAGCUGGGUAACAUGAGCAUAGGUUCUGGCAGAGGACCUAUAAAGCAGCCAGUAGUUAAGCCAAUGAAGGCAGGAGGAUGGCACGGGCAACACGACUUGUUCCAUGGACGGUCUAAAGAGUUUCUUCCGGGGAGAAGCUUUUCGAGGAAAGUUGCUGGAUGAAGAAAUUUUAUUGCUGAGAGUGUCUUACUUUGUAGUGUUUUAUUUGCGAUAAGAGUCUUGGUGCGUGGGUAAAUUUGUUGUUGCUUUGGUGAUGCCAGCAGUCUUCUGAUUGCGAGAUUUUUGCUUAAUUUUGGUGAUACUGUUGCAUCUACAUUUAGAUGUUUGGAUAAUGUUUUUGCUCAACCAAUAUUCUAUCAUAGGAUAUUAGCAUCUAAGAGUGCUUUAUAUUAACGGUGUAUAUAACAAUUCUUUUUAAAAUUGCAAAUUUUGCGCAUGA